AUGGCUGAGCCCCCGAACCGAACAGCCGUCGACGACAGCCGGGGUAGAAACUCGUCGGGGCACCAGUUCGCCACGAACAAUACCGACUGGAUCUGGUACACCGAGCUGACCCCCGAGGACAUAGUCAUCUACACCCUCAUGCUGCUCACCAGCCUGGCCGGGCUGGCCGGCAACAGCCUGGUCCUCUGGUUCCUCGGCUUCCAGAUCAAGCGCAACCCAUUCACCGUCUACAUCCUGCAUCUGGCCGGGGCCGACUUCUCUUUCCUGUUGUGGCAAGCGACUCUGAGUGCCAUUUCUGUGGGCCCUCCCAUCUCUCUGGAGUACGAAGACCUCCACACCGUGAUAGGGCUGGUAAAAUACACCUCCUACACGUCCGGCCUGGGCCUGCUGACGGCCAUCAGCGCCGAGCGCUGUCUUUCCGUCCUCUUCCCCAUCUGGUACCGCUGUAGCCGUCCGAAGCACCUGUCGGCCGUCGUGUGCUCCCUGAUCUGGACGCUGUCCAUCCUGGUGAAUGUGCUGGAUAGAUUUUUCUGCAACUUCUCCCUUUACAUCUCCUUCACUGACUGUUUCAAAACGAACGUAGCCAUCGCCACGUUGAUUUUCCUCAUCUGCGUGCUCAUGGGCCUGUCCAGUUUGAAGCUGUUAGUCCAGGUGCGAUCCAGAUCCCGAUGCCAUCCACCGGCCAAGCUCUACUGGGUCAUUCUGAUCACCGUCCUCGUGUACUUCACCUGCGGGCUCCCCAUGGGUAUCUACUGGUACCUUCUGUUUUGGUUCAAAGACUGGAAGAUGUCUUAUUUCCACGCCAUCACGGAGCUGCUCUCCUGCGUGAACAGCUUCACCAAUCCCAUCAUCUACGUCUUAGUCGGGACCCACUGGAAGCGGAGGUUCCGGGAACCCCUCAGGGCCCGCUUCCAGAGGGCCUUCAGGCUGGAGCCUGAGCUGGAAGGGGAGGCAGAGGAGACCCCCACCACCUACACCAUGGAAUUGUUGGCCUGA